AUGUCUGCGCAACCCAAAGGCAUGGGGUAUCUGCCUCCCCAUCUGCUCAAGAAGGACAAUGCCAAGGGCAGAGAGUAUGUGCCACCCCACCUGCGCGACGGCUUUAUCAAGCCCAAGGAGUAUGUGCCCAAAGCCAAGGAGUAUGUGCUUCCACAUCUGCGCAACAACUCUGCCGCCAGUGCCAAAGGUUGUGUGCCUAUUCACGUGCGCAAUCACAACUCUGCCAACGGCUCGCCUGCUAUGUCGCCCAAGUCGAAUAGCAAGCUUCACUCAUCCCCCAAUGGCGCCAACCAGCAUCAAGGUGUACCACCCUCACCACCAACCACUCCACGGGAGCCAGGCCAGCCCAAGCUAGACGCCUAUGGCGGUUGGGAUUUCUCUGAUUGCAACCUCGCUCCAGCUGGCAAGAAGGCCUUCGGCAACCCUCGCUGGCCCCGUGGUCCGCAACCGCACAAGAAGACGGUUUGGCCAAAGAAUAGGGAUAUGAAGUACAUCCCUCACAGCAGCGACGAAGAAUGGGGCGUUCGCUCCCAAUCUAACAGCAACGGAGACCCUGACUAUGAUGUCAAGAAGCUGUUGGAUUGGAACGGUGAGUGGCUGCCUGCUCCCGAGUCAUGGUCUUGCCGCAAAGGUCACGAAGACCGCCACUUCGGUCAGCACAUUGAAGAAUGGAUGAACAAGGAAUCUCCAGAGUGCAUCAAUCCAGUCUGCUUCCCCCAGCAUGCAUUCAAUGGUCACGCAAAGACUACGAAGGUCGGUGACAAGACUCAAACCAAGUACGUCCUUGACGAGGGCCAGGUGUUGAAGGAAGUCGCACCUCGCUACUGGGCUGAGGCAAAGGUGGGCGGUAUGACGAUGAGGGAUGCUCUGAAGGAGCUCUGUGACCUCAAGCUUGAGUCCGUGGAUGCGCGUGACAUGACGGAUCAUGCACCAUGGUGGGACCGCUACGAGGACAUCAUCUACGCCGAAGAUGGCCAGGACAACCCAAGUCCCUUUAUCAACCCCCUCGAAGUACCGGACGCCAAGAUCGACUUCGCCGAUCACGAUCCUCCUCUUGAAGAGUGGCAGUUGGCGUCGUCUGAGGCAAAGGUUCAGGCCAGGAAGAAGCGCAUGGACGAUAAGAAGCACAGGAUGCUUGCCAGGCGCGACCGUCCCACAGCUUCACUGGCUCCACCCGCUGAGGAUCGUCGUCUACGUCCAGAGGCCAACAUCUACAUUCGUCCUGUGCAGCCGGGUGACGUUAGAGGCAUCGCUGAGAUCUACAACUGGUACAUUGAUAACACGAUCCACGCUGUCGAGUUUGACGGCCGCACCGAAGCGCAAAUGGCUCAGCGCAUCAGUGACAUCACGACCGCUGGCCUGCCGUACUUGGUCGCAAUCGACAGAGGCAACCGCUCCAGGCUCACAAACGAGUACGUCAACGAGAGGAUCGUCGGCUUUGUCAAACUCGAAGACUACUGCGGCCAGUCGACCUUGUUCCGCUACACCUUUGACAUGGAGCUCUUCGUCCACCCCGGUUUCGUCAAGAAGGGCAUUGCCAAGUGCCUCAUGGAUCGCAUCCUGGAAAUGGUUGACACCAGCUACAAUGCUCGCGGUGGAUACCAGUACAUCAACAACUUUGACUAUCUGAAGAAUGGUCCAUCCAGGGUCAUCAAGACCAUCCUCCUCAACGUCCACCACAAGAACGGCGGUGAGUCGAUGGAGACUGGAUGGCAGAGCAAAUUCCUCAGUGCCUUCAAGUUCAGCCGUUCUGGUCGUCUCCCCAAGGUGGGAUACAAGAAUGAUAAGGUCAUCGAUGUGUCCAUUUUCGCACAUCACACCAGGGAGGACAUUGUCGCCAGCGGCCGUCCGACCAUUGCUGGUUAAGGCCUGACAUCAAGCGUCAGCGAUAACCUCGACACGAGGGGAAGAUGACUUGUGACGGAGUCGUCCCUUCCACAUAGCUCAAUUGAGCCCGUCCACCAUGUUUCCUUUCAAAAGUCACCACACUGUCUUUCUUUUCUUGUUUUGCUGCUCCAUCAUACUGAAGACAAGGUAUAUCCUCGAAACUGCUUUCUCUUCUUGCAUUCCAAUACAGGUAUCUGGCGAUGGAGUUAGGUACACGGACGGCACCACUGCCACGGCAUCUUCCGGGCUGGACUUUGGGAGCCUAUUGCAUCCAAGCAUGCAAUAUACAGCGAGCCAUAUUUCUCUUUUCUUGUCUUCUGUAGAAUAACAUGUUUUUGCGC